UAGGAACCGGUUCAAUUUUUUCAAUUUAAAUCAGCUAAACAAGUAAGCUAUAUUCAGAUUAUAACUCAUCAAUUUCCCAUAUAUCCUUUUGAAAAUCAUUCAGAAUGGUUUUAGGACAAAUUCUACGUAGCACUUUCCAAAAAGUUGUUGGAAUUACUUCUCAUGGGUCUACACCAACUAAUUUUUUAACACCUUCAGCAUUAAACUCUUGGUCUAUUGACUUUGUUCGCACUAAAACACGCCAUCAUUUUCCUCGGCCUAAUGAAGCAAAACGUAUUAAAAAACAUGGUUGGUGGACAAGGAUGGCAACAAAAGAGGGACGCAAAGUACUGCAGCGCAGAAUACUCAAAGGGCGAUAUGUCCUCAGUCAUUGAUUUUAUUUUUUUACUAAUGUUAAAAUAAUUUACAGUUAGUUUUUGGAAAUUUUGUGCUCAUCGUGUUUUAUAGACUAAAAUAAAAAAAAAAGAAUAAUAACCAA